AAAAAAAAAAAAAAGUGGAAACAGGAAAGUGUGUGUCUGAAGAAGGGUGAAAAAAGGUGGAGGAUCUGUGACUAUGGGAUGUUGGGCGGGCGAGGGAGCACUGCCGGGGCAUUUGGUCUGCGAAGAACUUAGCAAACUCUCCUUUUUUCAGCUCCUCAGGUCUUUCUCUUGUCGGGGACCUUUCCAGCGUCCUCCACCUCCACCACCACCACCUCCUCCUCGAUCCCUGUCCUCUUCUCUCAUCUCCGGAGGCUUCACCGAAAAAUUUCCAAGCCAGUAGUUAUAGAGAGCAGUUCGUUCUUCUAAUUAAGUUUCCUUUUCUCCCAAGUGUGGCAGAGAAAUCUAUGAUUUGUGGUGUUUUACUCUUCGUAUGAUUGAUCUUGCGAUCGGAUUCUCUCUGAAAUUUCUAAUCACAGAUGAGGAGAGCUAGUUUGAGUUGUUUUUGCGAGCUUGUGAUCCUUGAAAGGUGCGACUUGAUUUGCUUUGUUUUGUGAAAAAUGGUAAAGAGCUUUCAAACUUAUUCACAGUGAGCCGUUACUUGUAAGCGAGUGAAAGAUUGUCGGAAUCCUUCCAAUGAAGGCGCCGGCGACUGCUAACACAAGUGAAGGAGAGAGAAAAAGCAUCAACCCUGAGCUAUGGCACGCGUGUGCCGGACCGCUUGUCACUUUGCCGCCGGUCGGGAGCCUGGUCGUGUACUUUCCUCAGGGUCAUAGCGAGCAGGUUGCAGCUUCUAUGCAGAAGGAUAUAGAUGCACACAUUCCAAACUACCCGAAUCUGCCUCCGAAGCUGAUAUGCCUUCUUCAUAAUGUUACGCUGCAUGCAGAUCCAGAAACAGAUGAAGUUUAUGCUCAGAUGACACUACAACCUGUUUCCUCUUAUGACAAGGAGGCAUUACUGGCUUCAGAUCUUGAACUUAAACAAAAUAAACCACAAACAGAGUUCUUCUGCAAGACUUUGACUGCAAGUGAUACAAGCACUCAUGGAGGUUUCUCCGUGCCCCGCCGUGCAGCAGAGAAGAUUUUCCCUCCUUUGGAUUUCUCUCAGCAGCCACCUGCUCAAGAAUUAAGAGCUAGAGACUUGCAUGAUAAUGUAUGGACAUUCCGGCAUAUCUUCAGAGGCCAACCCAGAAGGCACUUGCUCACGACAGGUUGGAGCCUAUUUGUAAGUGGAAAAAGGCUCUUUGCUGGUGAUUCUGUCUUAUUUAUUAGAGAUGAAAAGCAGCAGCUUCUCUUGGGCAUUAGGCGGGCUAAUAGGCAACCUACAUUUAUAUCGUCAUCGGUAUUAUCAAGUGAUAGUAUGCAUAUUGGCAUCCUGGCAGCUGCCGCCCAUGCAGCUGCAAACCACAGCCUAUUCACUGUGUUUUACAAUCCACGAGCUAGUCCAUCAGAAUUUGUGAUUCCUUUAGCCAAGUGCUAUAAGGCUGUCUAUGGCUACCAAAUAUCUCUGGGAAUGCGAUUUCGGAUGAUGUUUGAAACUGAAGAAUCAGGCACCCGAAGGUAUAUGGGAACAAUAACAGGCAUCAGUGAUCUUGAUCCAGUAAGGUGGAAGAACUCACAAUGGCGUAAUUUGCAGGUUGGCUGGGAUGAGUCCACAGUGGGAGAAAGGCGCAAUCGGGUCUCACUAUGGGAGAUUGAACCUGUUGUGGCUCCAUUUUUCAUUUGUCCGCCACCUUUUUUCAGAUCCAAGCGCCCAAGGCAGCCAGGAAUGCCAGAUGAUGAGUUUGAUCUAGAGAACCUUUCCAAUAGAACAAUGCCUUGGCUUGGUGAUGAUAUCUGCAUAAAGGAUCACCAGUCCCAGAAUGCUGUAAUGCCAGGCCUGAGCUUAGUCCAGUGGAUGAAUAUGCAACAGAAUCCUUUCCUCAGUAGCUUGACCUUGCAACCCGACUACAUGCGUGCUCUAACUGGACCUGUUCUCCAGAACCUUGCUUCAGCAGAUCUUUCUCGUCAGUUGCAGCAACACAACUUACAAGUCAAUGUUCAGAGGCUGCCACAGCAAGCAACACAGAUUGACACACUGGCAAAGUUACCAACCACAUUGAGCCAAUUAGACUCAGUUAUGCGACCACAGCAGCAGCUGGGAGACAUGAGUCAGCAGCCUAGAAAAAACUUAAUUAAUCAAGCAUUUCCUCCUAAUCAAACUCCGGCACAAUUACUACAGUCUCGAGUUUUGAUGCAGAGCCACAAUCUUCAUCAGCAACAACCGCUUAUCCAAAACCAUCAACUUCAUGCAAACCUUCCUCAGAUUACCCAGCAGCAGCAACAGCGGCAGCAACAGCAGCAGCAGCAGCAAUUUACUAGUCAAAACCAGCAGCAGAAUCAUAUGGAAGCUCAACUCUUACAAGUUAACCAACAGUUACAGAUGUCAGAACAUCAGAUUCAAUUGCAACUGAUUCAGAAGCUUCAGCAGCAACAGCAGUCAUUCUUGUUGCAGCAAUCUAUGCAGCAACAACAUCCACAGCUGACCCAACUCCAAGAGCAGCAGAGGCAGCUGUUAGAAGUGCCUCAAAAUUUAUCAACUCCGUCUACCUCGAGCUUGCAUUCUCAGCCAGAAAUUAUCCCACAGCAGAUGCCAAAGAAUAAAAGGCAACCAAGUGUUCGGUUCUCUCCUUCAACCCUGCAGAGUCAACCACAAACAAAGCUUCAGCAGCAGCAACCAGGCAUGCUGGCAGAGUUGCCUGGACAGAUGUUACUUCCUUUAGCCUCGACAGAAAAUCUUCUCUCAACCGGAGGUGGAGCACAGUCAGGUCUUAAUGAUGACAUUCCACCAUGUUCCACAUCCCCUUCAACAAACAACUGUUCCCAUGUAGCCCUGCCAGUCACAUGCAGUAAAACCCAACGCAGCCCAGCAUUGCCAGAGGAAAUCGCUCAAUCUGCAGCAACACUCUUGAAACCUGGUACUUUGGAAGCCAUGUCAGCAGCUCCUAACUUAGUGAAGGAGUCGCAGCAGAAGCCUGAUAUCAAGCCUUCUGCAUCAGCAUUGCCUGCAUCUAAGAGUCAGGGUCAAGGGGUUUUUGCCCCACAAAUGUAUGUUAAUGCUGCAGCGCAGAUUGAUUACUUGGAGUCAUCCUCUUCGGCAACAUCAGUUUGCCUUUCACAGAAUGAUGGGCCUUUACGGCAGAACUUCCAAAUGUCAUCUUUCAAUCCCCAGUCAGUAUUGUUCAGGGACACAAGUCAGGAUGGGGAAGUUCAGGCAGAUCCAAGUAAUAAUGUUCUGUUUGGGGUGAGCAUUGAUGGUUCAAUGGGAAUGCCUUCAACUCCUGAUCCUUUGAUGGUGAAGGGCAUAGAGUCUGGAAAGGAUUUCCCAAAUCAUCUCUCUUCAGAUGGCAUGUUUUCCAACCAUGGAAACUCCAAAGAUCCUCAGCAGGAACUGUCAUCCUCAAUUGUUUCUCAAUCGCUUGGGGUUCCAGAUAUCCCAUUUAAUUCAAUUGAUUCUACCAUCAAUGAUGGUGGCUUCUUAGGCAGGGGUCCAUGGGCUCCGCCACCUCAACUACAGCGGAUGCGAACGUUCACCAAGGUGUACAAGCGUGGAGCUGUUGGACGAUCGAUUGAUAUUACCCGUUAUUUAGGCUAUGAAGAACUGAAACAAGAUUUGGCUCGUAGAUUUGGCAUAGAAGGACAGCUUGAGGAUCGUCAGAGAAUAGGCUGGAAACUGGUCUAUGUAGACCAUGAGAAUGAUGUUCUACUAGUUGGGGAUGAUCCUUGGGAGGAGUUUGUUAGUUGCGUUCGUUGCAUCAAGAUAUUGUCCCCUCAAGAAGUCCAGCAGAUGAGCUUGGAUGGAGAUCUGGGGAAUGGUGCCCUUCCAAAUCAGGCCUGCAGCAGUUCAGAUGGUGGAAAUGCAUGGAGAAAUGGUAACUUUGACCAGAAUUCUGGCAACCCUUCCACUGGGUCGUAUGACUGCUGAAGUGUGGUUGGAAUCCUACCUGGCUUAUAAGAGUAAGGUGUGUAUCAGUGCAUUCAUUAUGGUUUACCAGCCGGAGAAUUGUUAUGUAGGUCACUUGUAGCUGAUUUUUCACCUCAGAGCCUUCAGUGGAGCCCUCUGACUGCAUGAAGUAGUUUGUGGGAGGUGCAAACAGUAGUGAAUUAAUCAUCCGUAUGUAAAGAAAUCCCUUGUGCAGUGGCCUUUGAUUAGUUCCAACGAUAAAAAUUGAAAAAGCAACAGUAAUUCAAGUAGCCCAAAUUUUUAUUAGGGUUCUGCUAUAGUUUGUUAAUUUUUUAUAGCUUGUACAGUGGUCCUAUAGCUGCUCAGUUGAUUACAGUUAGCUAGUUCUGGUUAUAAUAUCAAAAUUUACCCCUUCCAGAAAGUAUUGCACGAAGCAAUGGUGCAAAAUUUGCUA